AUGUACAUCCUUGGGGUCGCAGGCGGGUUGCUGCGCGUCCUUCUCCCUUUUGCUGUUUCUUUGACGCUUUAUUUGUAUUCAUAUCCUGUCUUCCACGGUUGUGUGUUUCCAGCCCGCGAUGCUUCCACGACGACGGCCUUCGCCUAUACUCUCCAACAACAUUGGCCGUUCACGCACGCUUUAGACGCGCCGGCCCUGCCUUCGGUUCCUUUCCGAUUACUUGUGCUCGCUGACCCUCAAUUAGAGGGAGAUAGCUCACUACCGAAGCCUGAAGACGCGUUUCUACGAAAGAUAGAACGCCGAUGGGCAACGAUCUGCGCAACAGGAGGCCAUGAUUUCAAAUCUCAAAUACUCGAGGAUGUGAGAGGCAUCCUGCUCGAGGAUAUCCCGACAUCUUUGCAGGCUCUUCGAAAACGACUGGAUCUGCUUGGCAACGAUUACUAUCUGGGCCACAUCUAUCGAACCCUACACUGGUGGACUAAGCCUAGCCACGUAACGGUGCUGGGAGACCUGAUCGGGAGCCAAUGGGUCACUGAUGAGGAGUUUGCAUGGAGAGGCUGGAGGUAUUGGAACAGGGUCUUUGCCUCUGGGCACAGGAUAAGCGACGAUAUAACGAGCUCGAAUAUCAAAAAGGAGGAACAAAUCUUUGAGGCAAACGAUGAUAGUUGGAUGACGAAUAUCAUCAAUAUUGCCGGAAACCACGAUGUUGGCUAUGCUGGAGAGAUCUCUCAGAGCAGGAUGGAUCGUUUUGAACGGGCGUUUGGAAAGGCCAACUGGGAUGUCAGAUUCCAAUAUCCUUACCACGGCAUUUCAAGCAAUGAGACCAUACCAACCAUACACCUGAUCGUGCUGAACAGCUUGAUCCUUGAUUCUCCAGCUUUCUCGGACGACCUUCAAGCCGAAACAUUCAACUUUAUCAAUAGCCUGAUCUCCGAUCGUUUGCGACCUGUCGAAGAUCGUUCCUCGUUCACCCUUCUUCUCACGCACCUUCCUCUACACAAAAAAGAGGGCGUAUGUAUAGAUGCUCCAUUUUUCGACUAUUGGGGAGAUGACGACGGCGGCGGUGUGUAUAGACCCCAUGGAGUCAGAGAGCAAAAUCAUCUCAGUACCGAAGUAAGCCAGCAUGGUACUCUUGAAGCUCUUUUCGGAAUGACUGGCAACGUCGAUGCACCAGCACAAGGCAAGGGAAGACAUGGAUUAAUUUUGACCGGACAUGAUCAUGAAGGAUGUGAUGUCUUGCACUAUGUCCCUUCAAACACAACUUGGUCUAGCUCCACAGGGAAUGUUGAAGAAGGUCGACAAACGACAUGGGAGGCAGUACGUUGGGAUCAGGUUGACGGAAGAAAUUCACAUACUGGUGUGCGGGAGAUCACUUUGCGAAGCAUGAUGGGGGACUAUGAUGGCAACGCAGGUCUCCUCAGUGCCUGGUAUGAUCUCUCGAGCAAAGGAUGGAAGUACGAUAUUUCAAGGUGUGGCUUGAAUGUCAAAUUGUGGUGGGCGGUGCAUGUUCUCGAUUUGACUGCGCUUGCUGUUUUUACGCUAUGGAUGGUCGACCUUGUUGCUCGCAUAUUCUUCCCUGCAGGAAGUAAACAUGACCAGCAUCAGUCUUCCCAUGUUCUCAAGCUUAAGUCGAAUCACGUGGCCGCGCCAAUAGCAACGACAUCGGUACCAACGAACAAGCUCAAUUCUGAUACACCCAAGGCAAACAAGAAAUCAAAAUGAAAACGAUCCACAGAGGGUCCGGGUUGUACACAAGCUACUUGAUAUACUUGCUACCACUGGGUCCAGGCAUUCGGCAGGAUCAUGAUUCAGGGAUAAAGACCUUUGUCACCGUCAUCAUACCAUGACACUGGUAUCGACAACUGCUUUAUGUUGCAUUUCUGGUUGCUGGAAGAUGCCCUGCAACUGAAAAGCAAACGUCGACUUAUCAAAGAAGCCAACUCUCUGGCUAGUGGUCUCUGGCUGUCAAGUUGGAGACAGAUUGCUGGAACUAUCUUGUUCAUUCUGAGACAUGUCACUUUCCUGAAAAUGUCCUUGCCAGAGCACAGACGGCGACACCACUCUCAGCAGAUGCCGUUACCUCACAGUCACCGAUACCAACUUGUAGCGGUGUUCAUUCAUUAGUGACGCAUGAGAGAUCAACACGACAACGCGACCAGAGCCACCUCGUGAUAAUGUCAACACGGUUGAAUAUCAGACAUGGAUCAACUGCGCAGUCACACAAGCCGUGUCGCAUGUGGCUGGACCGAUGAUAUCCUUUCGGCCCUUCACCAUUCAGUCCUGACAGACAGGCAGCGAUGAAUGCUUCAAUCGAGUUCCACACAUAGUAAAAUUUCCAACAUUU